UUUAAUUAUUUUAAAUUAAUUUACACCAAAUAGACAGCUAAUGACCAAGCGUUCGAUAAUGAAGACAGAUAUCACAACCACAUUUCUACUAAAUAACUUAAGUCAACAAAUUAACACCUGUCCUGUCUAUAAAUAGCAGCGUGCAUGCUGUUGCAAUUCGGGACUCAUGGAACUGUUCUGCUGCCACCAGCACACGUUUAAAUGUUGCCAUUCAGCAGACAAUGUAAUGUAAAGCGGUUUAAAGUUAGCUGUGAACCAUCAAAUCAUGCACUCAAAAUUGUAAGCAGAUACCAAAAAUAAAAGAGCACUGCAGGUUAGAGCACCCCGGGGGAUUGCACAUGAUUAUAACCAUAUAAGUUACAGACAGUAUUAGCAUAAUUAGGCCAUGUAGCUUCUUCCAUAUUCACCAUAAUCUGCCAUAUUUUAGUUGUAGUAGGCUAUGACCGCCAAACAUUUGCCCAGGCUAAUUAUCUUAUGAAGGGGUACAAGUUUUUUACCGGGAUUGAAGUGAAAACAUAUUUUGGAUUAACAACACAAACAAAAUCUAAUAAAUCAACAAAUUCACAAGCAGUUUGUAAAAGCUGCAGGAAUUAAACAAAGAAACAGAGCAUAGCAAAACCAAAAUAUAGACUCGAAGUUAGGCUUAAAUCAAUAUUUAGUGAUUUGGUUUCAAAAAUGGUGUUUAUUAUUAUAAUAUAAUUUGACUGAACAAUUCGCUCAUCGGAGCCUCAACGCCUCAAAUACAAAGUCAAUGCUGAUUAGCGUGUGGUCGAUAACAUAUCAGCUGAACAUCAAGCGCAUAGGUUCACACAUCAUACGUUAACACGGUUUAGCCUAAUACAUAAACUAUAGAUAUUAAUGUUGAAAUCUGUCAAUCAGGUAUUUUUGUUUGCUUUUGCCUUAAGAAGUGCGCAAAACUUCAACCCAUGGCAAAAACAUCAAAUAAUGUAAUUACUGAUAUUUGUCAACUAAGUUGUUUAAAACUGAAAAACACAUGUAAAUCUUGCUUCACGCACAAUGCCGUGCAUAUUCUAAUACGCUUUAACAGAUACUCUCUGUCAGUUUGCAUUGGCCUGCAUUGUUCAACAUCACAAGCUCCACAUAUUUACAAACACAUAGAAACUCUGACUAUCAUUGGGAGGAUAACGUUGACAGACAAAUCAGGGAUACAUUUAUCCAGGGUAGUUGUCUGUUUCACCCACAGAAACUGCAGUAUAACUGCAGAUAUUUCCAAAACCCCAGACGUAUGGGGUUGAUUUUGAUUGUGUAUGUGUGUGUGUGUGUGUGUGUGUGUGUGUGUGUGUGUGUGUGUGUGUGUGUGUGUGUGUGUGUGUGUGUGUGUGUGUGUGUGUGUGUGUGUGUGUGUGUGUGUGUGUGUGUGUGUGUGUGUGUGUGUGUGUGUGUGAGUGCAUAGAUUGGGGAUUCAGGGUUGGGUGGUUUUUUCAAAUACUUUGUGGCAUUAUUACAUAUCAUUAAGAUCACCUUCUCCUCAUUUAUUUCAAGGUAUUCAUUAUUAUCAAUAAUUAUUGAUGAAUAGCCUAAAUACCCGUAUAUGGCAUUAAUUUAUGUACAAGCAUCAGAUUACCUAAUUGUGAUCAGUUUGGAAGACAUUAGUCUUCCAAACUGAUCAUUAGUCUUCCAAACUGAUCAUCAUUAGUCUUCCAAACUGACCAUAUUUGGAUUGAUCCUGUCAAUAUUUCUAAAGAAAAUUACUUUUUCUCAGUGCACUAGUUCAGGGAAGGAUUGGUUUUAAAUGUAUCUGCUGCAACAAAUGUAACCAUUAUAUCCAUGUUAUUCAUGUUAUAGGUAAUUUGUUAUUGUUGCCAGUGUCCCAUUUUCUUAUUUCGGGCUAUCAUGCAGAACGCUUUGAAUGAUCUAUAAAAACCCAAUCUAUUUCCCAGUUUUGCCCAAUAACCUAGGUUAUUUUCAACAAUAGCUCUCCAACUCUUGGAUUUUAGCAGAUAAUUGGACUCCUCUGCCUUGUAGUAAUAUUGUUUCCUAUCGCUGCUUGAUAUCACUUUUCUCACUGUGUUUAUGUUAUGUUAAGCUAAGAACUAAAGCGAGGUCCCAUUAACGACACGUUUAUGAUCAAUCAAAUGAUCCUCGUAAAACAUUUAUUGAAGCACAUAAAAAACACGCAGGGCAACUAACUGGAUGAAUCGGGCGCUUUUCAGGACGCUCCCCUCUAAUAAUUUCUGCCUGUAUUUUGAACAAUUGUUCCACUUUCAAACAGUCCGUCGCUAUAUUUUGGACUUUUUGACGCGUAUCCAUUUCUUCUACUUUGAUGCAAUGUAUCGAGUAAUAAGCGAAGUACAUUCCUACAUUAGUAUAGAGAAUAUAUUAUUUAAACGUACAAAGUCUAGAUAUAAUCUCCAAAGCAAAAAGGUAAGCAAUUCGAUGCUGUAUCACAUGCACCACGACAGAGAUGGAUUACAUCAUCAAAUAGUGCCCUGCAAGCUUUUAGAGACGGAGCCAAGUGUGCGUCGGUCCGUGGAGAUGCGACAUCUCCUAAAAGAUACGCCAAGUACUUCUAUACAUGGUUGUUGAAUUUACCUCAUAUUUCGUUCCCAACUAACAAGGUAACUUUUAAGAGCAGAUUCUUUAAUCCGAUUCACGACCACAGGCGUUGCAUGGAAUCUCGCGCAUUGAUCCACUGUACAAAUGUCUGUGAGGGUAAAUAUAAUCACGUAUAAUCACGUGUUGGAAAGGCAGCCAAUGGCAGCGAGGCAAGCGUUGGGAAAUAAUUACCUGCCUUGAUUGUUCUAUGGUAGAUACAAAAAGUACACAUAAGCUCCAUAUAAUAAUCGGAUGCAUGUAAAAGGCUCGGGAAUCUUCGCCAUGUCGACCACGGGUCCCAUAAGUAAUUAUUAUGUGGAUUCCUUGAUCAACCAUGAAAACGAGGAUGUCCUCGCGCCUCGGUUCUCGGCGCCUGGUUCGCACCUCGCCGUCCCUCGUCCGACUUCCCUGGUCGCGGAGUGUGUUGACUAUCCGUCCUGCAGCUUCGCACCGAAACCAGCAGUGUUUUCUACCUCCUGGACCCCUGUACACUCCCAGCCUUCGGUGGUUUACCAUCCAUACAGUCAUCCACCUCAUUUAGGAACAGACUCGAGAUAUAUGCGCUCAUGGUUGGAACCGAUAUCCGGUGCCAUGCCUUUUCACGGGUAUCCAACGAACAGCAGACAUUACGGGAUAAAGCCUGAAGCCUUUCAGGAGCACAAAACGAGCGAAUGCCCCGGCUCUAACGGACGCACCUACACGGAUUAUCUGUGCUGCUCCAGCGGUGACAUGCGGGACAAGACGCACCAGGACCUCCCCUCUCCCGCAGCGGAGCUCGCUGCAUCGGGGAAGCAUAAGGACCAGAAACCAGAGCUAGACCCCAAUAACCCAGUGGCAAACUGGAUACACGCACGAUCCACAAGGAAGAAGCGAUGUCCUUACACCAAGUACCAGACUCUGGAGCUCGAAAAGGAGUUUCUGUUUAACAUGUACCUCACGAGGGACCGCCGUUACGAGGUCGCCAGGGUGCUGAACCUGACGGAAAGGCAAGUGAAGAUCUGGUUCCAGAACCGGCGGAUGAAGAUGAAGAAAAUGAACAAAGAGAAGACCGAGAGCAAGGAGCCAUAACGGCAACAAUGGACAUAAUCAGAAAAUACUGACCACCUGUAUCCCCACUGGCGUUGGACGGCACACACACAGGCGACCCGCUCUCUGCUCCCAGCGGUCAGUCGGACCUGGUUUCAGCUCGUCGAGCCAUUUUGACGCUCACAAUAUAUAUUGGUUUUCAAUGCACUCAUACUUGUGAAGCUCUUAAAAAAGGCUAGGUUUUAGAGAGAAAUCCACAAUUUAUUUGAAUUUAUAUGUUUCACUUUAAAUCAAAGGGAAUGAAUACAGAUUUGGAUAUUAAACAUGCAAAAUAAGAGAGGGGAUACUUGAAUCGUUUAGAAUUUCAUUAGUGUAUAAUUUAUAAAGUUCAGGUGAACUUGUUGAUAAUUGUGUUCCCAAUAUUUCUCUUUUUCAUGCAGUCGUAGUAUUUUUGUAGGCUACAGAAAUAUUGAAUUGGUUGAACUUGUCUAUCUCGUGUUUUGUGUUACAUGUUAAUGUGUAGAAACAAAAUGUGCUUCUCUUAUUGUUUGACUAUUUUCUACAAUUUGGGUUAUUCAACGUAGAAAUUCCACCCUGACUAUUAAUACAUAUUAAAACGUAACCAUAGCCUACCAUCUUAUUUUUGUGUAAUUUAUGUCCGUUUUUCAGGACUCCAUAACGUUGAUCAACUUACAACAUUGAAUAAAUCGUGAACUACAAAAUGACACGAGUUAAUAUG